AUGAACAAAAUCCGCGGCGCCUUCGCGGUGCCCCGAAAAGGAGAGACAUUCGAACUGCGAGCUGGUCUUGUCUCCCAGUAUGCUUACGAACGGAAAGAGUCUAUUCAGAAAACCAUCAUGGCCAUGACACUAGGCAAAGAUGUUUCUGCUCUUUUCCCCGAUGUCCUGAAGAACAUUGCUACCGGCGACCUGGAACAGAAGAAGCUGGUUUACCUCUACCUUAUGAACUACGCGAAAUCCCAUCCUGACCUCUGUAUUCUCGCUGUCAACACAUUCGUCCAGGACUCGGAAGAUCCAAACCCCCUCAUUCGAGCACUUGCUAUCCGCACCAUGGGUUGUAUUCGGGUAGAGAAGAUGGUGGACUACAUGGAAGAACCGCUGCGCAAAACUCUCCGCGAUGAGUCGCCCUAUGUCCGCAAGACAGCCGCAAUUUGCGUCGCCAAGCUUUUCGAUCUAAACCCUGGCAUGUGCCUCGAGAAUGGAUUCUUGGAGUCACUACAGGAGAUGAUUGGAGACCCCAACCCGAUGGUCGUAGCCAACUCGGUCACCGCACUUUCGGAAAUUCAGCAUUCAGCACCGGAGACCGGAGCCCUCAAAAUCUCUAACAACACACUGCGCAAGAUGCUGAUGGCAUUGAAUGAGUGUACGGAAUGGGGUCGUGUGACCAUUCUCUCUACUCUUGCUGAGUACAGAGCGGUCGAUGUGAAGGAAUCGGAGCACAUUUGCGAGCGAGUUGCGCCUCAAUUCCAACACGUGAAUGCCAGUGUCGUUCUUGCGGCGGUCAAGGUUGUGUUCUUGCACAUGAAAUAUGUCGGCCCGGAGUUGGCCAAGACAUAUCUUAAGAAGAUGGCACCCCCACUAGUGACAUUGGUAUCUUCAGCACCCGAGGUGCAAUAUGUGGCGUUGCGAAACAUCGAUCUUCUACUCCAGAAGCAACCGGAUAUCCUAAACAAGGAGCUACGUGUGUUCUUCUGUAAAUACAAUGACCCGCCAUAUGUGAAAUUCCAAAAACUUGAAAUCAUGGUGCGAAUAGCAAAUGACAAGAAUGUCGACCAGCUCCUGGCCGAGCUGAAGGAAUACGCAGUCGAAGUUGAUAUGGACUUCGUUCGACGUGCUGUGAGAGCUAUUGGCCAGGUUGCUAUCAAGAUCGAGAGUGCUAGCGAGAAAUCCGUGAACGCACUGCUGGACUUAAUUAACCUGAAGGUGAAUUACGUCGUCCAAGAGGCUAUUGUGGUUAUUAGAGAUAUUUUCCGAAAGUACCCUGGUUACGAGGGCAUCAUCCCAACUCUGUGCCAGUGUAUUGAUGAGCUGGAUGAGCCUAAUGCCCGCGCUGCAUUGAUCUGGAUUGUUGGAGAAUACGCUGAGAAGAUCAGCAAUGCCGGCGACAUCUUGGGUGGUUUUGUCGAGGGCUUCAAUGAAGAAUUCUCUCAGACCCAGCUGCAAAUCUUGACCGCGGUGGUGAAGCUCUUCCUCAAGCGGCCUGAUAAGGCUCAAGGCCUGGUCCAGCGUGUACUCCAAGCCGCUACCGCUGAAAAUGACAACCCUGAUGUCCGUGACCGAGCCUAUAUUUACUGGCGUCUGUUAUCCACCACAGCCGACCAGAAUGCCACAAAGAGCAUCAUUCUGUCCGAUAAGCCUGCCAUUGUCACAACUACUGCCUCAUUACCACCUGCUCUCUUGGAGCGCCUUCUCCAAGAGCUCUCUACUCUCUCAUCUGUCUACCACAAGCCCCCAGAGCAAUUUGUUGGACAAGGCCGCUUCGGUGCGGAUGCCGUCCAAAGAGCCGCUAUUGAGGAACAACUUGAGAAUGCUCGCGAAAACCCACUGGCCGCCGCUGCCGCUGCCGCCGUCAGCGGUACCGCCCCUGCUCCACAAGCGCAAAACAACGUCGAGAAUCUGCUGGACAUCGAUUUCGACGGCGGUGCUCCGGCAUCUGCGCAAAACAACGACGCCGGUAUGUCCGGCCUAGAGGGCCUCGCUGGUACACCAGUUCGAGUCCAGUCUCCUGCUGUCGGAGUUCCUGCGGCUACUCCAUCGCCCGCCCCACCUGCCAGCAACAACCUGGACGACUUGCUCGGAGUAUUCGGUGACUCUGGACCCUCUCAGCCUUCAUCAAGUGGCGCCAACGGCAGCGGAGCUGCUAAUGACUUGAUGAAUGGAUUCUCCGGCCUCGAUCUAUCCGGAACGGCAUCUCCUCCACCUAACAACAACCAGGGAAAGAAGACAAACGAGGAUAUCCUGUCUCUCUUUUAG